UAUGAGCACGCUGACACAUCGAAGGCAUUUCCCCAGCAUUGCCAGCUCACCUCACCGCGGAUGGAUAUGCCACGGCGGCGCACGCCCCUGCUCCUCUUGGCCGUCUCGGCGCUCGUGCUGGCGUGGCCAGCCUCAUGCGCCGAACCCGUGCUCUUCCCGGUGGCCAAGGACGCCGCCACCUCCCUCUACACCAUCCCCGUCAGGGACGGCGCGAACCACGUCAUCGACCUCGCCGGCCCGCUCCUCUGGUCCACGUGCGCCGCUGACCACCUGCCGGCAAACAUCACGUGCCAGGACCCGGUCUGCAAGCUCGCCAAUGCCUACCGCCAGCCGGGCUGCCGCGACGCCGGCCAGACCUGCAAGCACCGGUGCACGGCGUACCCGUACAACCCGGUCACGGGGCGGUGCGCCGCCGCGAGCCUGAUCCACACCAGGCUCGUCGCCAACACCACCGACGGCAAGAACCCGCUGCGGCAGGUCUCCGUCCGGGCCAUGGCGGCGUGCGCCCCGAAGAAGCUCCUGGCGCGGCUGCCCAGGGACGCAUCCGGCGUCGCGGGGCUCGCGGCCUCCGGCCUGGCGUUGCCGGCGCAGCGCGUCGCCGGCAAGUUCACGCUCUGCCUCCCGAGGCAAGGCGAGGGCGUGGCUAUCUUCGGCGGGGGUCCGCUGUUCCUCCUUCCGGAGUCGGCGGCCGGGGACCUCACGACGACGCUGGCGUUCACCCCGCUCCGCAGCAGGAGGGACAACCCAAGCUACUACCUCCCCGUGAAGGCCAUCGCCGUCGACAAGGCGCCGGUGCAACUCCCCAAGGACGCGCUCGCCACCGGCGGCGUGGUGCUCGGCACGACGGCGCCGUACACCGCGCUCCGUCCCGACGUGUACCGCCAGUUCGUGGACGCGUUCGACAAGGCCCUGACGCGGCAGUGGAACACCACCAAGAAGGUUCCGGCGGUGGCGCCGUUCGAGUUCUGCUACGAUUCGAAGACGCUCCCUGGCCCGACCAGGAUCGGCUGGCUUGUCCCGGACAUCGACCUCGUGCUCGAGGGUGGGAAGACGAACUGGACGUUCGGCGGCCUCAGCUCGAUGGUGGACGUCAACGACUUCACGGCGGCGUGCCUCGGGUUCGUCGAGAUGAAGAAGGGCGGAUACGGCGGGGCGCCGGCGGUGGUAAUCGGAGGGUUCCAGAUGGAGAACCACGUGCUGCAGUUCGACCUGGAGAAGAGGCGGCUCGGGUUUGCCAGGGUGCCCAUUUUUACGUCGUGCAGUAACUUCAAUUUCACUCGGAACUAGGCUUUGACUGCAUGUAAUUGUAAGCCGGAGUGCCUGACGGCCUGCAACCCCUGUAUCUGUACAUGGCCGGUGUGGUCAACCGGAGAGUGGAUACUCCUCGAUCAUGCCAGUGAGCUGCCAAGUCUGUCAUCUUAUCUACUAGUAAAGUUUAUUUUAUCACAUGCCCCGAGCACUAA